AAAUGUAGUCCGCGGGCCCCGGCGGCCCAGGCCCCACUCCCAGGGUGGGGACUACACGUCCCACAAUGCGGCGCGCUCCGCGCCAGCCCACGUGGGGUUGUGUUGACGCUUCGCUUGGCGGCGUCACCGCUCGUCAGUCAAAACAUCACAAGGGCCGGGUGUAGGUGGCGGCGGCAGAGCGGCGGCUCCCUCCCUCCGUCCCUCCGGCCGGCCGGCGGCAGGCAGGCAGGUAGUUACCUGGGCUUGAAGAUGUCGGAGAAUUCCAGUGAUAGUGAAUCAUCCUGUGGUUGGACCAUAAUUAACCAUGAAGGUUCUGAUGUGGAAGUACUUGGUUCAGACAAAGGAGAGGCUGAAUGCACUUCACAGCCUUUAACAAAUCAACAGGUCGAUAAACCACUUGAAUUGCAAGCAAAGGGCACUGAGCACACAGAACCAGAAGUGGAAAAUCUCAGUGCUUCAGUUAUAUCUGAGGAAAAGGAAUUGUUGUCCAAGGCACCAAAAGAAGAACUGGCUGAUGACAACACUUUUGUUGGUGCAACUAGUGACGAUUCAGAUAUUGUUACCCUUGAGUCACCACCUCUGGAAGAUCUUCAGGCUAUUCAAGAAGCAACUGAAGAUGCAGAAACAGAAAACAUAAAUGACGAUGAAUUGAACUUGGGCUCGUCCUCCAGCAGCCAGUAUACAUUUGCCCCUCCGGAAACUGUAUCUGCAGUUGAAGGAAGUAUUGAUGAAUCAAGUAGUGAUGAAACCAGUGGUAAAUCCAGCCCCACUCUGAGGAGACGACGUAUUCGAAAAAGAACUCUGUCUUCUUCCGAAGCAGAGGAAAAGCCAGGGGAGGAUGUGGUGGAUGGAGAGCAGCAGCCGCAGCACCGCUUCAACACCACUCUGAAUAAAUGCAUUUUACUUGCACUGGUUAUUGCUUUCAGCAUGGGAUUUGGGCACUUUUAUGGAGACUUUCAAGAUGGCAGCCAGUUGCCUCUGAAGAGGGGGACGACCCAAAUACAGGAACAGCAGAAAAUGGUAAAAAAACUCCACGAAGAUGAAUUGAAUGAUGUGAAGGAUGAUCUCUUUCAGUGUCAAAAGGAUCAAGAGUCGUAUGUAGAUAGUAAGGCUGGAUCUGAGGAAUUUUUGGAAGGCCAAAAGGAAGAUCCUGACGUGCUACUUACACUGACAGAACAAAUAGAUAAAAUGAGGAAGGAGAACGAGCAAUUGAAACAAAAGCAAGCAGAGCUUCAGUCACAAGGAGAAAGCUUGGAAACUCGUUUAAAACAAACUGUGGAUGAGAAGCUUUCUGUUGAGUCACAGCAGCAAAUCCUUGCCAAAGAAAACCAGCGUAUGAAGGAAUCUCUGGAACAUGAAGAGAAAGCAUUGUCCUUGCUGCAGAAUGAGCUUCGGAAGCUGAGGGAACAAAUCAGGACAUUAGAAGGAAAGGGAAUGGAUGCUGAAACAAUCAUCACAGAAAACCAGAAACUAAAGGAUCAUCUAGAGGAAGAAAAGCAACAGGUACACAGUUUUCUUCAACAGAAGGGGACCCUUGUGACUGAGGCUCAGAUGCUAAGAAAGGAAUUGGAUAAAGAAAGAGAAAUAACUGAUACGUUGCGUAAGGAACUGGAUUCUUUGAGUCACUUUCAAUCUUUGACUAAUACAGACCAGGAUGGUAAAAAUACAGAAAGUUUACAAACAAGACUUACAGAGCUAGAGAAGAAAUUGGACUUUGAACAGCAGCGCUCUGAUUUGUGGGAAAGACUUUAUAUUGAAGCAAAGGAAGACAAGAAGGAUCCUGAAUUUGAGAAAACAGCAAAGAAACGGGAGAGAAAAACAAAUCAGGAGUUUUAUGGAAAUAGGGAUAAGAAGAAGCAACCUAAAGGAAAUUUUAUUAGGUCAUUUAAGAACACGUUUGAUGCUGUGAAAAACUCAACUAAAGAGUUUGUGCGGCAUCAUAAAGAAAAGAUUAAACUGGCAAAAGAAGCAGUAAAAGAAAACCUUAAGAGGUUCUCUGAUUCUGUUAAAUCCACAUUCCAAAACUUCCAAAACUCUGCAAAAAAUUUGUUUCACAAAAGUAAGAGACGUGAAGAAGCAGGAAAUGCAAAAACUAGACGUCAUGGAUUCCAGCAGCAUCACAGUGAGCACCCAUCUAAUGCAAAUAGAUACAAACAGCAUAGUGCUCACAGAGGCAAAGAUUCUUCUCAACAUAAACCCAGAGAGGCAACGCAUGAGCAGGUCCAUUAUAGCAAUUCGAGGAAACCCCACAGAAUGUACACUGAGAACUCUCGCAAAUUUGGGUCGAGUGCUAGUGAACAUGAUCACUUGGGAAAACGUGCACACUACAAGAUCCCUAAGGGUUGCUCUGGUGUUUUUGAGUGUGCCCACCAAGAAUCUUUGAGUCUAUUUAAUAAAGUCCUCGACCCGAUCAAGGUGGAAGACUUUCUUAAGCUUCUCCAUAAUUACCUUCAACGAGAGAUGAUUGACUUCCAACGCUGGAGUGAGCUAGAGAAAUUUAUCAACCGGUUCUUCCGCAAUGGGCUUUUUAUACAUGACCAAAUGUUAUUCUCUGAUUUUGUCAAUGAUGUUGAAGAUUAUCUUGAAGAUAUUGCAGAACAUCAAGAAGGAAACGGUGAUGGUUUUGAUGAUCUGGAUGGAUACAUCUAUCAGCACUUGUUUGGUGACAAUUAUCUUCACCAAUUUGGACCAAGUCCACUGUAUGGUGCUGAUAAGUACAGAAAGCAUACAUCUAAAAAUGCUUAUGGCUCCAGACAACAGAGACCUGAAAGAAAACACCAGCAGGCUUAUCACCACAGGGAAUGCAAAUGGAACAAGCCAGGCCGUACCAAUGGAAGACACAUGGCAAAUGUGGAAAUUGAGUUGGGGCCAAUGCCUUUUGAUCCAAAAUAUUAAAUGGGUGUAUUCUGCAUAAGUAUGUGUUUUGAACAUGUUCAGACCUAUCUGACUGCUGUUUGUGGUACAUGCCUAAGAAUAAUGACAUUUCUUUUCAAACAAUAUGCAUUUCAUUUGACUUUAAGACAGUAGAUGUAGUUUUGCUAAUAAUUUUCCAUCGUAUUUGCAAAGUGCUGGUCAGAAAUUUCCUGAGCAGUAGUGUUGUGCAAGUAUGUUGUGCUAAACAAAGUUUAGGAUUAAGUAAGAGUUAAAGUUGCUGGAUCUUUAGUGUAUUUACCAAGUCUUUGCGUAUAGUGGUGUAUGUGCAUGAAAUGAGAGUCUUUUUUGCCUUAGCAAAUUUGUAAUUUGCUAUCAUGUGAACAUAAAUUCCACACUGUAUAAAUUAUUAAUAUUGGUGGGCUGAUUCCUUAACUUUUUUUUUAAAGAUUGUAAUUUUAUUCCAUGGCAAAAAUUGGUCCAUUUUUAUCUUGCCUGUGUUGUGGAUGAUUUUGCACAGAUAUAUAUCUACCUUCGUGAUUUCAAGGGGUAAAGAGGUUGCAUUUUUAAUUUGAAUUCAGUUACAUUGCAGCUACAUUUCCAUUUGACAAAAUGAACAAUUGUAGGCAAACAAAAAAUGUUAAAAUCAAUUGAUAAUAAAGGUUCUGGCUUAACUGUUUAUUUAUGAAA